GAUUUUAAUUUUCUAAAAAUUGGCCCUCUAGUAACUUUGAGUUGCCCGUCCCUGCAGUAUACCAACCGUGCACCGACGGUUGGCCGGAACGAAAACGGAAAACCUAAUCGGAAACGUAUCGAAAAAGAAAAAUAACACGGCGUCGUCCGCGGGAAACGUUCGCGACGGACUGCGUAAACCCAUCCGCCUCCUUAACGUGCCGACCAUGGAGGUGGGUUAAACAGGUAUAAAAACUGCGGUAUAAGAAUCGCGUUCGUCACGUGCGUGCGUGCGCUUUGUAUCGACCUUGGACCGUGUAUAGACGACGCGUUCGCCCGCUGAAGCCGAACGGUACGUGUACGCGCGCGACAACCUAACAGUCAACGUUCACUCGUACACCAGACACGACGACCAGCAGACGGACGACGCGUGACCAGCCGAAUAGCCGACCAUGAAGUGCUUGAAGUUGAACUCGGGCGGAAGCAUGCCGAUAGUGGGCUACGGGACGUGGCAGGUGGAAAAAUCCGAAGACUCAGACGCUUUAGACGACGUUUUGGAAUCAGCGUUAAACGUUGCUCUGAAAAGUGGUUACAGGCAUAUCGACACGGCCGUUGCGUACAAGAACGAGCAUGUCAUUGGGAAGGUUAUCAAUGAAUGGAUCUCGUCGGGCAAAGUGACCAGGGACGAGUUGUUCAUUGUCACCAAGCUUCCUCCUUUCUCGAACCGUGCCAGUGACGUCGAUAGAGUUGUAGAGAAAUCACUGAAAGACUUACAACUGGACUACAUCGACUUGUUCCUGAUACACACUCCGUUCACCGUGAUUGCGGAAGACGAAUCGAACUACGGCACCAUGAAAAUAGACCCCAGUACGGACAACUUGGCUACGUGGAAAGAAUUGGAGAAACAAGUGGACUGUGGUCGUAUAAAGGCGAUCGGCCUGUCGAACUUUAACAUCAAACAGAUACAAAACGUACUUGACAACUGCAGGAUCAAGCCCGACAAUCUGCAGAUAGAGCAUCAUCUGUACCUUCAGCAGCCCGAACUUGUGGACUUCUGCAAGGACAACGGAAUCGUCGUGACCGCGUACUCGUGCUUGGGAUCGAAAAACAACCGGGAAAAGAUGGCGAUCAAUUGGGCGAAAGAAUUACCGGAAAUGCUGGAAAACGAAGAGGUGUUAAGUAUUUCAAAAAAACACGGCAAGACUCCAUCCCAGGUGUUGUUGCGGUACAUCGUCCAGCGGGAUAUCGUGGUCAUACCAAAAAGCACAAACCCAGAACGCUUGGCGUUAAACAUAAAGCUUUUCGACUUUGAGUUGGACGCGGAAGAUAUGGAAACUCUAAAGAAUCAAGAUGCAGGAGAACCCGGGCGGAUUAUACGGUUUAACUUCUUCAACAACAUUUUCGAUCAUCCAGAAUAUCCGUUCGAAAAGAUUGACUGCUGAUUGUGCUACGUGCAGACAUUAUAGUAUAUCAUUGUAGUCGACAACAAUCGGUUAACGGUCGAAAACGAUUCGAGCGAUACCGUGACACGAAACAACGAAGGUGUAUGAGAUUCUUAGAACAUGUCUACGCACAUUUUGGCACGCGAUGACACAAUUCGUCCAAAUAUA